AUGGAACUGAAAAAAAUACUAGACUCAAAUGAUAUUCCCAUGAUAUCCACAUACGAAUCCAGGAAUGAUGAAUUCAGAAGUUUACCUCCUAAAGUCAAUGUUUCAUUACCAAGUCUUUCUCUUCAUCAGAUCAACACAGAACAGCUCUAUCAAAUGUUUGGUUCUCUGUCAGAAUUAUCCAUUACAAAAGGUGAACAUUGCUACACAAUGGAUGCUACACAAGAAGAUGAAGUUUGUCCGUCUGUCAAAGAACUUCUGGAUAAACAAGAACUCAUCAUCACCAUAGAUACUGGGUAUAAGGAAUUGUUUAAUGUAAUCUGUCUUAAUGAUGAAGAAAUCUGGACCAGUGGGAAAGACAAAAUCAUGAAACUCUACAACCUCCAGGGCAAUCUACUGAAGUCAAUCCAAACCAAGUCUGGAAACGAUCCGUGUAACAUAGCAGUGACAAGGAGUGGGUAUCUCAUUUAUACUGACUUUAAAACAAAAUCCAUUUUCAAAGUAAGGAAUCAUCAGAUUGUGGAAGAAAUUCGAUUGCAGAACUGGAUACCUUGCUCUGUCUGUACUUCUUGCACCGGUGACGUAAUAGUUAUCAUGGACAGUGAAGAUAAACAAUCAAAAGUCGUCCGUUAUUCUGACUUCACGGAGAAACAAACCAUUCAGCUUGAUGAUAAAAAUGAGCCUUUGUUUUUAUCAGGUACCCCCAAAUACAUCACUGAAAAUAAAAACAUGGAUAUCUGUGUGGCUGACUCUGGUGCCUACGCAGUUGUGGUUGUUAAUAAAGUUGGUAAACUCCGAUUUAGAUACACUGCUUGUAACCAAGCCUCCAAUACCAGGAAAUAUUUCUAUCCACGUGGAAUCAUCACAGACAGCCAGAAUCAUAUACUGAUUGCAGACAGUUUCAACGACAAUAUUCAUAUCCAGAAUCAAGACGGACAGUUCCUUCGUUUCAUUAAAAAUUGUGAUCUAGUAUUCAUUGGGUUUAUGUGUAGAUGCCAGAGAAAACCUCUUUGUGGCUGA